AUGGCCAGCAAGCCAGCUGCGAACAAGAAGAAAAAGCUGACAGCAUCAAAACAUUCCAAGCAGACAAGACAAGACAAUAACAUUGUGGAGUCGAAGAAGAAGGCUGCAGUCUACUCCCGCACAUCAUCGAAAACAAACAUCAGUGGUGACAGCACAGGCAGGCAGAUGCGGGCGGGCCUUGCUGCAGCGAAGAGUUCCGGUUGCACCCCCGUCAGCCUCAAGCGUGUCAGUGAAUGCAUUUCAGGGAUGUUGCCUCUGCCACAGCGGAAAAAACUUCAUGCACUCUUGGAUGGAUCCUACAGCCAUGUCUAUGUGGAGAGCCUGAGGGCUUUGGGUCGCAAGGCCAGUGGCAUCGAAGAGGUUUAUGAGGCAGCCAAGAAAACAAAGACCAACGUUGUGGUGGCCGACCUGCCUUGUGUCUUCAGCUUGUCUGCAACACCAGCAGAAGCCUUCCAGAGACGAGUGAUGGCAGCUGUUCAGGAGUUUGAACGUGAUGUUAUUGUCAACCGUCUACAAGAAGGCUUAGAAGCGAAAGCCAAGAAGUUGAAGAGUCAGGGCAAAGAUGAGAAGGUCAACGGGCGCAAGAGCUACUUGGACAAGUUCUUGAAGAAAGAAGGUGAAAACAAAACCAUGAAGAUGAAGGCACUGAAAGCACUUUGCAUGGAUCGCCAGAAAGGCAAAUUUGGCUUCCGAGAACUUGCUGUUAAAGCUUCGAAGGUGCUGGCCUUGAAGAAAAGCACCAUCGGCAAGGAUGCAGCUGUCACCUUGUCACAGCAGCUAGGCAUACACUGA